AAGUGAGUUGCUUUAUGUCCUCUGUCAGCGCAAUGUUUACUGUACGUUCACUGCUACGAUCUGCGCACAUAAGAUAUGCGCUGGCUGCUCAAUUUCAUGCCACUUCACACUGCACAGGGGCAAAAGUCGCUGUAGUGUUAUCUGGAUGUGGUGUUUAUGAUGGCACUGAAGUCCACGAGGCAUCAGCAAUCCUUGUGCAUCUAAGUCGAGGAGGUGCAGAGGUGCAGAUGUUUGCUCCUGAUGUGCCUCAGAUGCACGUGAUAGAUCACAGCAAAGGUCAGCCUGUAGAUAAAGAGUCAAGAAAUGUUUUGUCAGAGUCGGCGCGUAUCGCCAGGGGAAACAUCACAGACCUGGCGAAACUCAAUGCUAGUAAUCAUGAUGCUGUCAUCUUCCCUGGUGGUUUUGGCGCAGCUAAAAACCUGUCAUCAUUUGCUGUUGAUGGGAUAGAUUGUAAAGUAAAUGUGGAGGUGGAACGGGUUUUAAAAGACUUCCAUAAGGCUGGAAAGCCGAUUGGGUUGUGCUGUAUAUCUCCAGUGCUGGCAGCAAAGGUUCUUCCUGGUGUUGAUGUGACAGUGGGUCAUGAGGAGGAAGAAGGUGGAAAGUGGCCAUAUGCUGGUACUACACAAGCUAUUACUGCUCUGGGAGCCAAACAUACAGUUAAAGAAGUCACCGAAGCCCAUGUGGAUCCGAAGAAUAAGGUGGUGACCACACCUGCAUUCAUGUGUGAUACCAAGUUACACUUGAUCUUUGACGGGAUUGGUGCCAUGGUGAAAAAUGUCCUAAAGCUCAGCGGGAAGUGAAAAUUCAUUCAGCUUGCUACCCAUUUCUAUAAUAGUGUUGUCAUGUUUGCUAAAUGGAACAUUGCUUUUCAAGCAUGUUGCAUCUGCAUCAGGCAAGUUUCUCAGACAUUAUUAAUCAACUUUGAUAUAUAGUAUUUUGCAGGAUGUUCAGUAGAGGGCGAUCUCUGUCUCAGUAAUAAGGGCUUAAGUUCAGUUAUAGGCUAGGACUGUACAAUGAAGGCUUAAUCGGUGUUAUUGACAAAUCUGUUCUGUAAUGGAAAAUGUGAAAUAUGUGAAGCUUUAAGGUUAAGUAGUUUUGAAAUCUUUAUAAAUGUAUUUAACUUUGAAUUAAUUUAAGGGGAAACUUGUACCAGGGAAAGGGAAAAGGUGUACCAACCUAAUACAACACAUCAAUUGAAAAAUAAAGUGAACAUUUUUUCUUUCAAAAUAA